AUGUCCACGGUGGCCUCUGUUGGAGAAGGCUUGAAGCGACGGGCGUCGGGGAAGCCAGAGAAGCCCAGACAAGGAGCUUUGCACGACCCCUUGGGCCACGACGAUGAAGAUGCUUUCCGUGAACUGGACGAGUGUUUCCACAACGCUGACGGGCUGAUGCCCCGGGUAUCUCGGGAAGAGGACUUGGUCUAUCUAGGGGGAAAAGGAGGCCCUGCUCUGUUCGCGCUCCACCAUCAAGGUCAGGCGGGCAUGUCUCCUCCGUUGCAUGAGAGUGGAGACUUAAACGUGUCCGGGAGCGAGGGCGAAAAGCUCUCGAAUCGCGGUGUCUUUCUCACAGGUAAGGAGGCGGCAAAGCUCCGGUCCCGGGAGCCACUCGCCGGAGACACCGUGUCGAGAGGAGAGACCGGAGGGGACAUCCACCGUACGGAAAGUGCCUCAAGUGACCAAACUUCCGGCUGCGACAGCCAUGCCAGCAGCAUCAGCACGGGGGCUACGGCACUGAGCAAGAAGCGGCCGUGGAAGCCGGAGGAGGAUGAGUACUUGCGCGCUUUGGUUCACCGUCAAGGCGCGCGGGACUGGGGCCAGAUUGCGGAACAUUUUGAGAAUCGGAACGGAAAGCAAUGCCACCAGCGUUGGAACUACUUUUUGAGCCCCACGGUUCACUCUGGGGCCUGGACCGCGGAGGAGGACGAGAAGAUCGUGAAUUUCCAAUGUCUUCUCGGCAAUAAGUGGGCGCGAAUUGCUACCCAUAUACCCGGACGUACGGGGCACGCAGUGAAAAACCGGGCCCACCAGAUUGCGAACAAGAUGAGGAAACGCGAGCGGAAA